GGUACCAAAUGUUAUAUUAACCCAAAAGAAAAUCAACUUACAGAAAAUGUUUUGUAGGGGUGACAGAACAGUGAAGACGCGUUAGAACCAAACGCCAUCUGAUGAUCAGAGUCGAGUAGAAACCAAGCUAACAUAACAAAAAGGCCAUCUUUUUUUCAUUUCAUUUAUUUUCCCUGUUCCCUAUUUGUCACAAAACAGAUACCAUCCCUUCCCCAAGAACCUAAAAUAUGGCGGAUGCAGCUCCACCCAGUAAAUCAAGAGACCUCGAUAAGCUGCUCCUCCGACCGGGAAACCUCGUUGGCCCAACCUUCGACCCUGGCGUUCAGUUACGGGAUGAUUUACAAGAAUAUGCGAGAGUUUUGGUGGUGGGAGCUGGAGGAUUGGGAUGUGAGCUGCUUAAGGAUUUGGCUCUCUCGGGGUUUAAAAAUCUUGAGGUCAUCGACAUGGAUCGGAUUGAAGUCACCAAUCUCAACCGUCAAUUCCUCUUCAGGCUGGAAGAUGUUGGUAAGCCAAAGGCUGAGGUUGCAGCAAAGCGUGUUAUGGAAAGAGUUAGUGGCGUGAACAUUGUGCCCCAUUUUUGCCGAAUUGAGGAUAAAGACAUUGAAUUUUAUAACGACUUCAAUAUCAUUGCCCUCGGUCUUGAUUCCAUUGAGGCUCGGAGCUAUAUUAAUGCUGUGGCUUGUAGUUUCCUUGAGUAUGAUUCUGAUGACAAUCCACGUGAAGAAACAAUGAAGCCUAUGGUAGAUGGUGGGACUGAAGGUUUCAAGGGCCAUGCUAGGGUGAUUGUGCCAGGGGUUACGCCAUGCUUUGAGUGUACAAUCUGGCUAUUUCCGCCUCAAGUGAAGUUUCCUCUAUGUACCUUAGCAGAAACCCCUAGAAAUGCAGCUCAUUGUAUUGAAUAUGCUCACUUAAUUAAAUGGGAUGAGGUUCACAGUGGACAGGCUUUUGAUCCAGAUAAUCCAGAUCAUAUGAAGUGGGUCUACGAUGAGGCUGUCAAGAGAGCUGAACUUUUCGGCAUUCCAGGAGUUACUUAUUCUCUUACUCAGGGUGUUGUAAAAAACAUCAUACCAGCCAUUGCUUCCACCAAUGCAAUUAUAUCUGCUGCAUGUACUUUGGAAACCUUGAAGAUUGCAUCAGGAUGCAGUAAAACUCUAUCAAACUAUCUUACGUAUAAUGGUGUUGAAGGUCUUCAUACAAAAGUGACCGAAUUUGUGAAGGACAAGGACUGUCUCGUCUGUGGUCCGGGUGUCCUCAUCGAGCUGGAUACUGCAGUUACCCUAAAAAAGCAGUUCAUUGAUAUGCUAGAGGAGGAUCCUAAGGUGCUGAUGACAAAGGCCUCGAUCACAUAUCACGGAAAGAAUCUAUACAUGCAGGCUCCUCCUGUUUUGGAAGAGAUGACCCGAUCAAAUCUGGAGUUACCCCUAUAUGAUCUCAUGGAUAAAACCCCCAAAGACGUCCUCCAUGCAACUGGUACGAUUAACAAGGAUGACAAAAAGUCGUCUGGUUUAAGAAAAUUACGAGUUGUUUUCAAAGGAAUAGAUGGGGUUACAGAUAUGGAUAUGGCUGGUGGUGCAUGAUCCUCGCAAUAUAAAAUCAUACUGAUACUGUUAGACAAAAUUUUCAAUCAUCUCUGCAGUAUUUAUGGAAGAAUAUAUGUUGAGAUCCAGUUACUAUUACAUUUUGAACUUUAAGAUGCCAAUUGCUUUCAAUGGUAUAACUUGAAGGUUCAAGUCUUCAUCUAA